UCCCACAUGCCGCAGAGCAACUAAGCCCGUGCACCACAACUAUUGAGCCUGCACUCUACAGCCCACGAGCCACAAGUACUGAGCCCGCAUGCCACAACUACAGAAGCCCGUGGGCCUAGAGCCCGUGCUCCACACCAAGAGAAGCCACCGCAAUGAGAAGCCAGCGCACCACAAGGAAGAGUAGCCCCCGCUCACCGCAACUAGAGAAAGCCCAUGCAUAGCAACGAAGACCCAACGCAGCCAAAGCCAUGGGGGUGUUGAUGUCCAAGCGGCAGACAGUGGAGCAGGUGCAGAAGGUGAGCCUGGCUGUGUCUGCCUUCAAGGAUGGGCUGCGGGACAGGCCUUCCAUCCGACGCACAGGUGAACUUUCAGGGUCUCACCGUGGCACGGUAGACGGCUCUGUCCAGGAGGUGCAGGAAGAGAAAGAAGCAGAGGCAAGCACCCCAGCACUCCAAGAAGAGAGCAGUGUCAACCGUGCUGCCUGGGAGAGGCUCCGGGAUGGGCGUGGAGUAGAGCCGGAGGAGUUUGACAGGACCAGUCGUUUCACACCCCCUGCCUUCAUCCGCCCCACCCGGAAGCUGGAUGAUGACAAGCCUCCAGAUAUCCGCUUGGAGCCCAGAGAGCCUGUUGUUAAUGAUGAGAUGUGUGAUGUCUGUGAGGUCUGGACAGCCGAGAGCCUCUUCCCGUGCAGGGUCUGCACCAGGGUCUUCCAUGAUGGCUGCCUGCGCCGCGUGGGCUACAUCCAAGGAGACAGUGCCGCGGAGGUGACUGAGACGGCACACACGGAAACAGGCUGGAGCUGCCACUACUGUAACAACCUCAACUUGCUGCUAACUGAGGAAGAAAUGUACAGCCUCACAGAGACCUUUCAGCAGUGUAAAGUUAUCCCCGACUGCUCCCUGACGCUGGAUGAUUUCCUGCGCUACCGCCACCAAACAGCGAAGCGAGGGGACAGUGACAGGGCUCUAAGUGAGGAGCAAGAGGAGCAGGCAGCCCGCCAGUUUGCAGCCCUGGACCCUGAACACCGAGGACACGUAGAGUGGCCUGAUUUCUUGUCCCAUGAGUCCCUCCUACUUCUACAGCAAUUACGUCCCCAGAACUCUCUGUUAAGGCUUCUGACAGCCAAGGAGCGGGAGCGAGCCCGGGCCACUUUCCUGGCCCGGGGCAGCGGGAGCGCUAUCAGUGAGGCAGAGUGCCGCCGUGCCCAGCACUCUUGGUUCUGCAAACGCCCCCCAGAUGCUUCCUCCUGCAGUGUCAGCGUCAGCCAUGUGGGUCCCAUAGCAGACAGCAGCCCAGCCAGCAGCAGCAGCAAGAGUCAGGACAAGGCCCCGCUGCCCACAGAGCCUGAGUCCAGAUUUGUGGACUGGCCUACCUUCCUGCAGGAGAAUGUCGUCUACAUCUUGGCUGCUCGCCCCAACAGUGCAGCCAUUCACCUGAAACCCCCAGGAUAGCAUGGAGCAGAAAAGCUCAGUUUGGGGACAGUGGCGUUCUCUCCCUCCUUUAC